AUUUAAUCGAAAAAAAACAGUGGUUGAGAAACAUUUUUCAUUACCGAUACAGAACAGAAGGGAGACAUUGUGUGUGUUGAGAGAGAGUCAUGGAGACUGCGAUUCAUGGGAGAUUAACUCUCUCACCCAACACUGUCUUCAAUCCCAAACCAGGAGAGAAACAGUCGUGUUGCAAGGGGGCAUGUACCAACCGUGGCGUUCUCAUGGCUAUUUCGACCACCGGAUCAGGUAAAGGAGCAGGAAUUUUGGAGAAGCCAGUUAUCGAGCGAACGACUCCCGGUCGUGAAUCUGAGUUUGAUCUUAAGAAAUCGAGAAAAAUCGCUCCACCUUAUCGAGUCAUACUGCACAACGACAAUUUCAACAAACGGGAAUACGUCGUGCAAGUACUGAUGAAAGUCAUCCCUGGAAUGACACUUGACAAUGCUGUUAACAUCAUGCAAGAAGCACACUACAAUGGUAUGGCAGUGGUGAUUAUAUGUGCUCAGGCUGAUGCCGAGGAACACUGCAUGCAGCUACGAGGGAACGGGCUUUUAAGUUCGAUUGAACCAGCAAGUGGUGGUUGCUAAAGAGUCGGGGACAACCCAAGCCAACCAUUUGGUUUAUAUCACUGUUAAAUAUACCCUUUUUAAAGAGCUUUUAGAUGGUGUAUAUCUCAGUAGUGCUCUUAUUGUAUGAUCCCUAAACAAUAGAUCCCUUUAGUAAAAAAUGAAAGACAAGAGGAUGGCACUGAUUUUGAAUAAGGAUCGGUCCCAUUUACUAUUUUCUUU